CCCCUCUUUCUCCCUCUUCCCACUUUUGAUCGAGAUUUCCCAAGACUUGGUCGAACUAGAGGAUGAAAAUUGCAACUUCUCCAGCUCGCAAUCAGGGUUAGCGUUUGCGAUGAAUCUCCAAGACCUGCACAAGGUUUGGGAGAUCAAAGCCCUAAAGAAGCCCGGCGAUGACGAGUCCCGCCGCAUCCUCGAUCGGAUCGCCAAGCAGGUGCAACCUAUUAUGCGGCGGCGGGAAUGGAGGGUCAAGCUUCUCUCAGAGUUCUGUCCAUCCAAUCCAACGCUUUUAGGGUUGAAUGUGGGAGGUGGAGUCGAAGUUAAGCUUAGGCUGCGGAGGCCGAAGAGGGAUUGGGAUUUCUUCCCAUUUGAACAAGUCCUUGAUACGAUGCUUCAUGAAUUGUGUCAUAUUCAGCAUGGACCUCAUAAUGCUCAGUUUUACAAGCUCUGGGAUGAACUCCGAGUGGAAUGUGAGGAAUUGGUAUCAAAGGGUAUAACUGGUACUGGACAGGGGUUUGAUGCCCGAGGACAACGAUUGGGUGGGUUUACUCGACAGCCUCCGUUGUCGUCUCUUCGACAAGCUGCAGCUGCAGCAGCGGUUAAACGCGCACGUAAUGGUGCUCUAUUACCUUCUGGACCUAGAAGAUUAGGCGGGGAUAGUGAAAUUAUGACUGCACUAUCUCCAAUACAGGCUGCUGCAAUGGCUGCAGAGAGGAGAAUGCAAGAUGAUUUGUGGUGUGGCUCUGGGUGGCACGAAAGUUUCAGUGCACCAGAAAGUGAACAUGGAAAGUCGGAGCAUUCUACAUCAGUAGGUUGUGGGGAAUCUUCAAAAGGCAGUAAUGUUUCCAGGGGUCCUUGUAAUCAUGAUAAUGAUCAGAGUGGUUCAAUUGUUGGUUCUGUGAAUACAUCCGUGCUUGGUAACAGAGCUGGUGAAAUAUCAAUAUCCAGUGGUUCAUCUUCCUGUGGGAGAAUAGGUGAUGCUGAAAAUAAAGUGAUAUGGGAAUGCAAUAUAUGCACUUUGUUUAAUCAGUUUGAAUAUGUUGUAUUACCACAGCCUUUGGCACUCAAAUGUGAAGCUUGUGGCACUCAAAAGCUUAAAUCUGCUGCAUCCAAAUUCAAAAUAUGGACAUGUAAGUUUUGUACCUUGGAAAAUGACAGUGAGCUGGAGAAAUGUUCUGCUUGUGAUCGAUGGCGGUACUCAUAUGGCGCACCAGUGUCCACCCGUGCACCCAAUUGCUGCACUUGACAGGUUCUUUACAGCUACUCAAUGUAAAAGGAUGAUAUCAUUUUUCUUGUAAGCUAUCUCUCUCUUUACUUUUGACCAAAAGAAAGGAAAAGGAAAAAAGAAAAAAAAAGAAAGAACAAAUUUGUUUUGCAUUAGUAAACAGUCUUUUCAUCCUGCUCCAUGUUUGACUUCUGAAUACUUAUUAAGCAUAAGCAGUUUGUUUC